GAUCCGCUGAUAACGCUUUUCCGGAGCCAAAAAAAAACCCUUGGCCAUCUGCCGUCUUUCUUUGACGUUAGAGCAGCAGACUAGGGCAGGAACACUGGUAAACUCCAUCGAUCAGCCCAUCAGAUCGGCGCCGGCAAAUUACCGGCUGCUUUUUCCCCAUUGUAGUAAUUAGGUGCGAAGAUUCGAUGAAUUUGACACCAGAUCAACCACUUUCGCCAUCGUCGGAGACCCCGACGCUGUCUAGCGGCGGCCAGACGGAGGAGGAACUCGUGAUGAGCGAGGUUCACUUGGGCUGCCCACCCUACUUCUCUGGACCCCACCUCUCCCGCUUCACCUUCUCCCUUCCACCUGAAGUUGAACCCGUGGAUAGCAAAUAUACUGGUGGUGUGGAAGAUGAAACAACUUCAACAAAGGAAGUUAGCCUGGAUGAAGAUGGUGACCUUGUAAUAACUAGACGCUGCUGGCGAUGUGAGAAGAAUAAUUAUGUUGUAACCAUCCAGCAUAAAAUCACUUCAUCAAUUCCAAGCGUUGGUUUGCAGGUAUGGAGAGCAGAACUGAUACUAGCUGAUUUUGUUUUGCACAAGAUGGUUACAUCAUCUGAAUUUGAUGGAAUUGUUGCAAUAGAACUUGGUGCGGGUACAGGUUUGGUUGGCAUACUACUUGCACGUGUUGCCAAAACUGUCUUCUUGACAGACCAUGGUGAAGAAGUCCUUGACAAUUGUGCUGACAAUGUUCGUCUCAACUCGGGAAUCAUCCACUCUGAAGCUUCAGCUCAUGUACGCGAACUUGAUUGGAAGGAUUCCUGGCCCACUAAAGUUGUAGAAAAUUCUCAAGCUCAAGAAAGGUAUGCUUGGACGUCGGUAGAAGUUGAAGAGCUCCAGAAAGCUUCUCUGAUCAUAGCUGCUGAUGUAAUUUACAGUGAUGACCUGACUGAUGCGUUCUUCAAAACAUUGGAGAGACUAAUGAAGCUGAGACCAGAAAAGGUGGCAUACUUGGCAUUGGAAAAGCGUUACAACUUCACUCUUGACGAUCUAAAUGUUGUUGCAAAUGGGUAUUCUCACUUUCGAAGUUAUCUGAGGGAUGAAGGAGAGUGCAAUGACCUAAAGAGUAGAUCUUUACCCUGUUUUGUCGGCAAGCGCAUUGAUCUCGCAGACAUUCCGCAGUACAUGAGAGAGUAUGAUAGAGGAAAUGAUGUUGAGAUUUGGCAGAUCAAGUAUGAGAAGCAGAAACCCUGGCUGUAGAUAGAAAUGGAUCUCCCCUUUGUAGGCCAAAUCACUUCCUUCUCCAUAAAUUGAACCGUUUGUUGGCCAAGUUUCUAUCCGAUAAAUCUGUAAUAUCUUGGUGGUGUUCAGUUGAUUCUAUGCAAAUGUAAGACUAAUUUUCAUUAUAUCAUCUAUGAAAACCCUUAUUUGUUGCCAA